CCCCGAGAGGAGACGGAACAACAACACACCAAAACAAAAGCUGCAGGAACAAAAACACUCCUGAGAGAAACACCAGAGACUCACCUGGACACCUGAGUUCUGAGGAGAAACCAACAUGAGCCACGUCGACGUGAAGAACCUGAAGCCCACCAGCUUCGAGGACGAAUAUUACGACGAGUAUGAAUAUUACAACCUGACAGACAAAUACACAGAGGGCUCGGCCCGGAAAGGCAGAACCAAGAAGGAGGCCAGUGAGAACACCAACAGACCCAACCCCGGAGGACACGAGCGGAAGAUUGUGGAAAAACUUCACAACACCGAGAAGAAAGCCAAGGAGUGAACCCUGAGGGCAUCUCGGACGGAUCAUCCGGACACUGACCUCGGCCUCCUUUGGCGACAGAUCGAGGAGCGACUUUCAGCUCCGACGGCGAGUUUGAACCCGACGAGGCCCAAACAUCCAGCUGCUGCAGCGUCGCCACGGUGACCUGCAGGCCUGAUGCCUCACCUGUGUGGAGAGCACCUGUCCGACCAGGACGGUGCACCUGAGACUGGGCUGGAGGCAGCCUCUCUGGUUUUAUGUGGAUUCUUACUAAUAAAAUGUUUUUAAAUAA